GACCAUCUACAAUAAUGACAAUUUGCCUUGUGCAUCAUACAUGUGCAAGUAUAUGACAUAUCUUCCAUUUCUCAUAUGGUCGCCCAAGCACAAGGCAGGAGGUACAGUUCCACCAACACACCAAUCCAUAGUUUUGUGGCAAGGCAAUUCCUUUCAUGUCAAUUAACAGGUCGAUGCAUCGUAGGAUUGUUUCUACUGCCUAGUUGUUGGCAAACAGGAUUAUGAUCGAAUCCAUCGCAGUACGAGACAUCAUCGUUUCAUCACACCAUGGACAUUGGCCGUUGCCAAUGUCUCAUCCUCGAAUCGAAAUACUGAACCAAGAUAUCGAUAUCGAGAACAUUCUACCUAGUUACUUCCGGAUUCUAGUGGAUGGAAAACGUUUCAAAUAUAUUACAAUCGAUCCUGGGACGUAUCUCGCAAGGGAUCUCUGCUUCCCUUCUCUUCUCUUAAAGAAAUUACCUCCAUUUCCAUCCGAAGGAGAUGCUGAAAGUUGGAAUCUGGCCCGAGUUGCUCUAGUAGGUGGAUUUCCAACUGUGAUCGAAGCCUUUAAAGCUGCCCUUCCUACAAUUGAUAGCUCAUGGUUUGCUAAGCCAAUAAGUCAUAUUGACUAUCUCUCACUCAAUUUCAUUCGAAAAUUAGAGCCAAAUGUGCAUUUGGUAUCCUCCCCAGCCUUCGACAAACCAGUCAUUGCGAAAGUAGCCAACUUCUACUGGGAAACAAACUACAUUGCCGAAAUCCAAGUAUAUUCUUGGCUGCAUAAUCGCAAGAUCCUCAUCCCCAAGUUUCUUGGGUAUAUAACUGAGGGUGGACGCGUGAUAGGUUUACUAACGGAAAAUGUUGAAGGCAGAAGAGCUACAAUUGCCGACCUCUCUCUUUGCCAGACCCUCAUCAGACAAUUACACAAAUUGGGGAUUAUACAUGGUUCUCUAGACAAGAAUAAGAUUUUGAUAUCGCAAGGUAAAGCGGUUUUGGUAAGUUUCGAUACUGCAGAACGGUGCAAGGACAAGAAGAUUAUGGGGAAAGAAAUGGAGCUGUUUGUAGAGAAACUGCAAGCUGCAACUGUGACGAAUAUGAAUUGAGCAUUUUGCUCUUUCUUAUCAUCAAAUACCCUAUUUGUAUUCCAGCUUCUCGACCCUUUCUGGAAGUUCAUCGUUCCCUCGAACUUGUGCAAUGUAUGUAGCAUUAGAAUCAAAAGGGGAACUUUAGUCUUAGCGAUACCCAGGUCUGAAGCAACGAAUUGUGGAGCAUCGAUAAUGUGAUUGUCACUGUCAAGGGUGUGAAUUGCGCCAUUGUGAUUGUUAAUGUAAAGGGCGUACAGAGAAAGGAUGGUGACUUUUAGCUGCAAAAAGCUCAUGGUUUACGCCGUGGUAUCUGUUACUGAGUAUUGCAACUAUAGAUACAUAUGUAAUUAUUUGUCA